AUGCUCUUCACCACCUUCGUUUCACUGCUCCUCGUCAUACUCUGUCUUGUCCACGUGUCUGCUCAUCCUCUACAAUCGUUUCGUUCGUCCUCUGCCAUUGGCAAGCAGAAGCACAAGAUCAAGUCUAGGCAAUUUGAAGAGGAGAUCGCGCAAGGUGCUGAAGACAGCAUCGAGCUGUUCGAGUUUCCUCGGGUUCACGAUUCGUCUGAACAGAUUCACGAGCGCACAGAGCAACAAAACAUCACCACCAAGAAUAUCAUCUUAGCCAUCAACAAGAAUUCGCGAAAACACGGAGGACUACAUAGACUUCCGGCUCAGGUGCAAGGAGAAGGCGAGUUCACGUACGACAGGCAGAGAAAUGCAGUCGGCUCGUACAGGUAUGGCGAUAGCCAUGGUAACAGUAGGGAAGCGGAGUAUUCUGUUGCUGAUCACCAGUCUGCUUCUGGAGAGUAUAAAUUUGGGCCGACGACGUAA